AUGGUAAGAAGAAGAGUGAACAGCUCUAUUGCAUUUGAGAAGCAGUGGAAAAACCACGAGCAGUCGAAGAAGCACAAAGAGAAAGUGGCGGAGUUGAGGGAGUCAUUCUUAGAAGAGGAAAAGGAAGAAAACGAUGAAGAGGCACCUGAAACUGUAGAAGAGCUCCACGAAAACCUUGGGGAGAGGUUAAAUAUUGACGACGAAGAGGUGGAAGAAAAGGAUGUUGAUGAAACUGAUGAUGAGUAUUUCAUGGCAGAGGAGGAUUUGAAAGAAUCUAGUGAAAGCGAGGAUGAAGAGAAUGCCGAUUAUGAGAUGAGUCUACUCAACAAGAUGGUAUCUGAGCAGAAGAAUAAGCUAAAGAAUGUUGUGUCAAGAAAAGAAGAUGAAGUAGUAGUCGAGAAUGAGAACGACACAGCAGAGUUCAGAGAAGGUAACAAUACAGAUGACAAUGUGAAUGCAACGGACUCAGCUUCCGGAGCAUUUGAGGCUACUCAGAAAGAUGAGGAACAAUCAGUGGAGUAUGAUAACAGGAAGAGCACAGGGAAGAGGCGCAGAAGUAAGAAGGGUAAGGAUAAGAAUAACCUUGGAGGGUUAAUGGAGAAAAGAAAUGAAGCUGAUAAUACUCAAGGUAGAAAUGGAGACAUGGAAGAAUCUCAUUCAGAAACGUUUGAGGAUCGAAGUGAAUAUAUAGAACACAAGAAGGCUCCCAGAUCAAAGAAAUCAACCAAAGGAAUGAAGUCUAAGGGUACAUCGAAGAAAACCAGUAGUAACGAAUGUGAUAGAUGCGGAGAGGGUUUUGAGUCGAGGUUGGUCCAUGAAACAUCUGUUCUUUUGUCAUCACCAAUUCUCAAGCAGUAUAUUUCGUAUCAUUCAUAA